AUGUGCGCGCACUUGGCGCUGCCGCCGUGCCCCGCGUACCCCGGCGGGGCUGCCAGGGGGUACCUGGAGCUGUGCUGGGGCGCGGCGGGGCCCGCAGGACAGGCCCCCUCAGCCGCCGGGCCCGCGGGAAGCGCCGCGGCCGGGCACUCUCCGGAGGCUGCGGGCAGGAGGCACACGGCAGAAGUAUCCCCAGCUUCAUCCAGUUCUGGGAAUUUCAGCCAAUUCACACCAGAUUCAGCCACUAGUCCACAUUCCUCAUCCUCGUCCCCACAGUCUACAGCUAAAUCUCAGAAGGGCAGAGAAUAUGGCCUGGAGGGGAUCAGGAAGACCAAGAGCCGCACAGCUUUCUCCAAGGAGCAGCUGCUAACCCUGCACCAGCGCUUCCAGAGCCAGAAGUACCUCAGCCCCCAGCAGAUCCGGGAGCUGGCUGUUGCCCUGGGGCUCACCUACAAGCAGGUGAAGACUUGGUUCCAGAACCGGAGGAUGAAGCUGAAGAGGUGCCAGAAGCAGAGCCUGUGGAGCGAGCGGGCUCAGUGUCUCACGCAAAGUGGCUUCCAGAGCGGUACUUACCUGGAUGUGCACCCCAAAUUCCACCAGGGCUACCCCAUCACCACAGCUGCCAACAUGCAACCCAUGCCUGCCCCCUGUCAGCACUAUGGAGCAGGGCAGAACGCUUACACAAUUGUGACCAGCGAGGAUGGAGGAGUCUUUGGCAAAGGCGGGGGGACCUGCGGUGUCCAGCAGACAGUGGGCUUCAUUGCUCAGCACAAAGUAGACUUUUACCACAGCUGUCCUGGCAGUGUGGAAUAUCCAGGCUCCAAGACGGGUGAUGGCUGUAAUUUUCACCACUCAGCCACUAUAGGGGCUCCUUUCCCAGCUGCCGCCAGCCAUCAUCUUUAUCAUUCCUAA